AUGUCUUCCUCUACCUUUAAAGUUCUCUCAUUGAUCAUAUCAGCUUUUGCCAUUAUGCAAAUAACAAGAGCGGGUGACCCUGACAUACUCACUGACUACAUAGAUCUUAUUGGCCUCCCAAUUGAUGGGAACUUCUUUACCUACACUGGCUUUCGUGUCCUUGUUGGACAAAACACACCACCCCCUGAAUUUAAGAUAUUGACGGCAAGCAUGAUAGAAUUCCCUGCUCUCAUUGGACAGAGUGUGUCUUAUACUGUCCUUCAAUUCCCUCCUAGUAGUGUCAACCCACCCCACGCACACCUUCGCCCUACACCCCACACACACCCUCGCUCUGCUGAGUUACUCUUAGUUGUUCAGGGUUCCCUUCAAGUUGGGUUCGUAGACACAACCAAUAAACUUUUUACACAGAAUCUUCAAGCUGGUGACUUGUUCAUAUUCCCAAAGGGUCUUGUGCACUUCAACCACAAUGCUGACACUAAGAUUCCUGCUCUAGCUAUAUCAGCCUCUGGUAGUGCUAAUGCGGGAAGAAUAUCACUUCCCAACACAUUGUUCAAUACCACCAUUGACGACACUGUCUUGGCUUUGGCCUUCAAGACUAAUAUUUCCAUCAUUGAAACUUUGAAGCAAGGCUUUGCUCCCUAG